CCAGUUCGCUCGACGUGGAUGGGGUUGAAAAUGUUUUCCGUAAUGCUGGCGUGUAUCUGCCUCGCUGCCGCCUCUCCAAUACCGCAGCUCAAUGGGAUAACGCAAGGCUCGUACAUCAGGAGUUAUGGACCAGCUUGGUACGACACGUCUUCGCUGCGGGAGCAUCACUACUCCAGAAGGCGUCGAGACGCGGAAGAUAAGGACUCGGAAUCACCGGGAACACCAGAACGGCCGUUGCUAUUGCAUCUUGAGGCCCUUGACAGAGUGUUCAAAAUGAGGCUCGUCAGGGAUGUCGGCUUGUUCACGUCGGACGCUCAGUUCGAGGGUUCAAAAGGGCGGUCCAUCGCUUUCAACACUGAGCAUGCCUACACAGGGACACUCGAAGAUGACAAGACCGCAUUGGUUCACGGGGUUGUUACGUCAGACGGUCUCUUCGACGGAACAGUGCGGAGUGCCAACGGCGAAGAAAUUUACAUAGAGCCAGCAAGCAGGUACUUCAGGAAGAGACGAAGCGAGUCACCGCCGCUCGACGACGUCGACGUCAACGACGAGGACGACGUCAGUCCCAUAUACCACACGAUCGCGUAUCGCUCCAACGACGUCGCGACGCCGCGCCAAGAGCACUCGUGCGACAGCGAGCUUCUCCAUCGAAAUGGUAGCCUCAACUUCAACCAUACUUUCAGAAAAAGUGAAGCAACCUAUCAGCCCAACACCUCGCAGCCGAUCUACCAGCACCUAAACGAUGGAAAGUCUCACGCAAAGCCCGGCUUUUAUCCGAAGGAUGCUCGACGGAAGCACCCAACUGCCAGUUCCCACAAUUUGGAACUACUCGACAAACUGUACAGAGAGAGGUACACUCGAGUGCUCCGCAAACGUACCUCGGUCGACCCGAAAAAGACAACUUGUAUGCUCUACCUUCAGGCUGACCACACCUUCUUUGCCCACUACAAAUCUGAAGAGGCCUGCAUCGAGGUCAUGACUCGCCAUGUUCAACGCGUCAAUGCGAUUUACAGAUACACCGAUUUCAACCAGGACGGUCAGCCCGACAACAUCAGCUUCAUGAUUAAACGGGUCAAAGUACACGGUCACGACGCCCUCCAAGACCCCACCUAUCGUUUCACCGGCACCUAUGGGGUCGAAGAAUUCCUCGAACUCUUCUCUGAGGAGGACUACGACGCCUUUUGCCUGUCCUACAUGUUCACCUACAGGGAUUUCGAGAAGGGAACACUGGGCCUGGCCUGGACAGGCGACUUGAAGAACGCCGGAGGCGUUUGCGAGAAGAACGGGCAUUACAGAGGAAGCAUGAAGUCGUUGAACACGGGAAUAAUAACGCUGCUGAAUUACGGAAAGCAUGUUCCACCUGCGGUAUCGCACGUCACGCUGGCCCAUGAAAUCGGUCACAACUUUGGAUCGCCGCACGAUCCGGACGAGUGCUCGCCCGGGGGUGAAGACGGCAACUUCAUCAUGUUCGCCAGGGCGACCAGUGGCGACAAACGAAACAACAACCGCUUCAGCCCCUGCAGUCUGCUCUCCAUCAACCCUGUGCUAAACAACAAGGCCCGUUCGGCUAAGGGAUGCUUUGCCGAGCCACAGUCUUCGCUUUGCGGAAACGGGGUGGUGGAGGAAGGUGAGGAGUGUGAUUGCGGUUGGGAAGAGGAUUGCAACGAUCCGUGCUGUCAUCCUCAACGACGUCAUCAUCCAGCCCACGAGAUGCCCUGUCGGUUAACCGAGGGUUCGGUCUGCAGCCCGAGUCAGGGGCCUUGCUGCACGUCUGGAUGCACCUUGCGAAGCGGAGACAAAUGCAGGGACGAUAAUGGAUGUCGAGAUGCGAGCUUCUGCGAUGGUUAUGGUCCCCAGUGUCCGCAAUCUAUCAACAAACCCAACAAAACUAUAUGCAACGAGGAGUUCGUCUGCUACAUGGGAGAAUGCACCGGGAGCAUCUGCCUUGCGUAUGGUCUAGAAUCGUGCCAGUGCAUCGCGGCACCUGACGAUCCGCCAACCAAGAGCUGCGAGCUGUGCUGCAAAAUACCUGGCGAAAAUCAGCCCUGCUUAUCCUCCUUUGCAUGGAAUUUGCCACCUUACGACAUUCCCGACAUGUUUUCGAAGCCAGGGACACCUUGUAACGACUAUAACGGAUACUGUGAUAUCUUUCAAAAGUGUCGGGAGGUCGACCCGAGCGGACCAUUGGCCACCCUCAGACGACUCCUGCUGUCGGACGCAAGCUUGGCCACUUUUCAACGAUGGAUAACGGACCAUUGGUACGGAGUCGCGAUACUGACUCUUGUGGUUUUGAUAGCUCUGGUUGCAGUCGCACAAUUUUUCGGCAGACGGGCCAGCAAGCUUUCGGGCUUGCAGAGCGGUGGAACAGCUGAAUCGGGGGAAAACGAUUGUUACGUAAAGGAGAUUCGUGGAAAGCGUCGACAGCAGGAGGCGACACCGAAGAUCAGUUCAAUAAGCGUGACGAGAAUAAAGAAAAGGAUUAUUGAGACAAUGAAGACGAUCACUUCACCGAGCAGAAAUAAGACCUGCCCAAAUAAGUCGGAGCUGCGUAUAUCAAAGCUGUUCAAUUUCGUGGGAAAAAACGAGAGUGGCAAGGAUUCACAGAGCGAAAAUAAUCCCCGAAUUAAGAACCAGAAAGAAACCGAGAUUCACCGAGAUGGUAUAAUAAACGGACCUACGGACGGCACCGUUUUCUCAACGAGGGAAAAACCGAAGCUGCAAGGAUUCGGCGGUGCAGAAGCUGCGGAUUACUCCAAAAUUCGUUCCGCCGAUGAUGGAGUGUCUACGGAAAUCGACGAUCAAACUGCGCGGGGCUCCAGUGACCGCAAGAAACGCAAGAAGAUGACCGACGCUUCGAGCCCCAGUGAUUGGGAGAAAAGGGGUUUAGGAAAUUGGUUCCUCCGGAGUGUCGGGUUCGGGGACGCGGCUCUUAUCAGUGAUGAAUCGUCGCCGAAGCGACGCAGGAGUCGUGCUAAAAUAUCGGUGAAAUCGUCGUGGACUAACGUGGCGUCGAAUUUUCGAAACAUCGACGCGCGUCGCGCCUCGCCGAAGCAGCGAAAGGACACCAACGCGGCUUCGCCGCAGAACCGAUUUCGGGCGAAUAAUCAAUCCACAGAACCGCUGGUCGAACCCGAUACCCCGGAAACGCCGGAAUCACCCCUGCCGGAAGUCGCUUCGUCGCGAGUCGCAACGUCCGAUCUUGUCGUGCUUCUCAAAGAAAGUAGUUAGUGGUUUAUUCGCCCAAGUGACCGUCUUCGAGUGCACCGAAUCGGUCCGAGUAAAACUCGAACUUUGAGCAUGUCUGUAUAAAAACUAUUUUAAAUACUUGUCAACCACAAGACUUGUUUGUACGUAUUUAAUGUCAGCGUUAAGUUGAAUUGUAAUAUACACACUAUGUUAUAGAAUGUAUAAUAACUCGAGGAAAGAAAAGAUCCGUCAAAGUUUGGUUGCAGUUACUCACGAGACUGUAUUUUAUUCGGGUAUGUAGAGUGAAAAGAAGACGAAACUAGACGCUUAGAAUGUUUAAUUUCGUCGGGAUUUUCAUACUCGCGAACCAUACACCGCCGGUAUCUAUCACGAAUGAUGACAUCUGAAAUGAAUCACUCAUUCACAAACAUUAUAUACAUCUAAUCUUGUUCGUAUGAAUGUAUUUUUAUCGGAACUUGGAUACUUGGGUGAGGAAAUUGGAUAAUUUCCGAUACCAAGCUGUAAAGCGCUGAUAUCCUUUGAAUUUUGUUGAACGCAAAUGCAGCUAUACGGUUUAUGAUAUUAUGUAUGUAUAAGUACGAUCGAUCGUGUAAUGUGUUUUAUAAUUGGGAAAGUGUAGAACUGGUGUAUUUGUACAUAUUGUAUAUACCUAUAAAACGGAUCUGAUUUCCGUAUUAUCGAAUAAGAGUCCAUUGCAGCGUACAUAUAAUUGCGUAGCUCAGACUUGCUGAUUUCUUAUCUGUUAUUCGAAUUUCGAGGUUGAAAAAAAAGGCAGAGCGGAAACAGGAGAACGCUGAAAAUGGUUCAUUGAUACCAUGCUCGAGGUUGGCCUGACACUUUGCGGAGAAGAUCGACCACCGGAAUGAGCAAGGAAGAUCUUAUUAUGUAUAGAAGAGGACCAAACGUAGAAUAUGUAAUAUCUAGAGCAGUAAACAUGAAAAAAUCUGGUCAUAACUGUGUUACGAAAUAAUAAAAUAUACGUCAAUAUUGGCAUAAA